GCAGAAGCAGCUACCAGCAGGAGCGGCGGCAGCAGCAGCAGACGGAGUCUCUUACUCCUCGCCGUUGGCACACAGUUUCACAUUUGCUGGGCGACGGGACGGCUGGGGCCACCUCGCACUCCUGUCCUCUUGUCGCUCUUUCUCGAUAGAAUAGUGAAGGAAACAAACCGAUCUUAGAGGGAGACGUGUGAUUUCUAAUGAGACAGCGACCAAAGCUCCCGAGAACAAUGAAGUAAAUCGUCGCGAGUGAAUUCAACUGAAUCUUCCUUUACGACAGAAAACCUUCUUCAAACUGAUUACCCGUACUGGUCCUUUCUCAAAUGAUCCUCCUCUCUCCUUGUGCCUUAUAUUUAUCUUAUUUACAGUCUCUUCGUUACUCUUUCCUUAAGUAGAUCGCAUCUCCGUUACACCUUUCCAAUGACAAAACGCACCUAGGGAAUAUCUGAUUACUGAGAGCUCAUUGCUAUACUACAGAUUCAGAUUAAGCUUACAGUUCAGCUAAUACUGUCCAACAGCAAUUACAAUUAAUUUACAUUCUACUUACAACUACUAAACACUGACACUUACUCAAGCAAGAUCACUACACAUUUUAUGCAAUUCUUGUGCACAAAAACUUAUUUCAAUUUUCUAUCAAUGCAUUAAAUAUCACAACUACAUCACUACUUAAUAGGUUUCCCGUUCAUGGUGUCUACUCUGCCUUAAUACGCCCACCUUCUACCUUCUGUUUUAGAAAACCCUAUGAAAUCCCUCACCCUACGGAAGAGGAAGAAAUGAAAUAAAAGAAAAGAACCAGUAUUCCCAAAAAAAGAAAAAAUAGAAGGACAAGACUAAAAGAGUUUAAGAAAAGCCGUUUAACAAAAAGUGUCCGAGUAUCGAAAGUGAAAAAAAAGUAAAAACCAGGAAAAACCUAAAGUCAAGAAAGAAAAAGUUUGAUUACAGUCUUCGAGGGAUAUUCGGAAGGCUAUUCUAAACAUCGGCCAGCGCACGCUCUCUCUCUCACCUGAAAUUUCCUUUCACCCUCGCUCUGGUGACGUCAUGUGAAAAGUGGGAGGAGCCAGGAUGGGCUGCAAGGGUUCCAAAUCCAAGAAGAACGCCUACGCUCGAGUCGCUCAGUACCAGAAAGAAUCCUGGGCGGCAGAGAGGGCAGUUUGUCGACCACCCGAACCCUUAGAAUGGGGCGUGGCCCCACCCAACUGCAUUACGCCGGCGUCGCUCCAUAACCUUCUGACAGAUGGAUUUUACGCCCCUUACUCUGCCAACCCCCGUUACCUCUUGGUUGUAGACUGUAGGGCCCCAAGAGCCUUCACGAGACGUCGGCUGGCUACUGCCCGAUGGCAUGGUGCUCUCCACACUGCCCCGGCGCCUAACCUUGUCCACACUAUAGUCCUUUACGAUGACAAGCCGCGGACCGCCGUGCCCAGGCCAGAAGACACAGACCCUCUGGCAAACCUCUAUCAUGACCUUCGUCGCCAGAAGCUCGAUCCUUUGGUGCUGGUGGGUGGCUGGCAGGUACUGGAAGUCACCUGCCCUCAUUUGCUAGAGGGAGGUGACAACCCACCUACCCCAGAACCCAUGCCUUGGUAUCCAGCUCAGGUCAUUCCUGGGCUUCUUUACUUGGGGCAUGCAGAGAUGGCAUCAGACCCCAGAGUGUUAUCGGCAUUGUGUGUCACGCACGUGGUAGACGUGACAGAGUGCCUUCCUCCUCGCGUCCUCCCUUCAAUGAACUACCUUGUUGUGCCGCUGCCCGAAGAGGAAACGGAGAGUACGAAGCCCUCCGAAAAGUCCAGUGACAAUAAUGGCACGGACCUCAUCUCUUCUCUGCCCACAAUCUUGGAGUUUGUGGCCGAGGCGCGAACCUACGGAGGGUGCGUCUUGGUCCACUGCGACCAGGGACUCACUCGAGCUGCUGCCGUCGUGAUGGGCAUUUUGAUGGCCGAACGCCGCUGUACUCUCGAAGAUGCCUUCUACUAUGUAAAGGGUGCGAGGUCAGCCGUUCAUCCUAGCCAGAGCCAGCUGCAGCAGCUGGCCAAAUAUGAAACAGUGCUGUUUGGUGCCUCUCUGACGUUGGUAGAAGACCUCUUCUGACCUGCAAUAACCACUUGCCGUUUCCCCCUCUCCCUGCCCUCCUUUUUCAUGCUCUCUGAUGUAUACCUCGCCCGUCUCUAUUUACCUCAUAUGCAUCUUCCCUUGAAGUCAUGACAUUCAUCCCGCUUAGACUCUUUCCGAAUAUCAUAUACAACUGAUAUCAAUAACAACAAUAAGUUAAUGAUAAUAAUUUUAGUCGGCACAUAUCGACAGUGUAUUAUGGCCUUUGAGGUGAAGGUAGUCUGCCUUGUUUCUGCCUUUGCUCGACAAUACUGCUGAUACUGGCGGUGUGGAAAGUGCGCUCGAGCGGCUUUUGAGAAGCCUCGUGUUUAUGCUUGUUUAGAAAGGGAGAGUCUUUCUAAAGAAAGCAUCUCUGAUUGGCUGCUUGAAAGCGCAUAAGAAGAUAGCGUCUGUCUGGUUGGUUGGCUGCUCAAAAGCAGAGAAUAUUAGAGUAAGUGUCUCUCCGGCUAGCUGCUCAAAAGCAGAGGUAUAAAAGAAGUUUGUCUUUCAUUAUCAUAGCUAGGUGACAGGUACUGAUUGUUACUGUACUUCUGUACUGUUGUGUGUAAAUACUAUCCUUUUUUAUGAGCCUUUUUCUGGGAUGAUCUUAUCUAUUGCCCAUUCAUAGGCCUUACUAGCUAAAAAAAUAAACAAAAAAGAAUAGAUGACAGCGUUAGAAAGAGACUUGUAUAUAGAAGGCAUAAAAUAAAUAUUGUAUCAUAGUUAUCUUCGUAGUCCAACAAAUAAAUAAAAAGAGCUUAUAUAAAACCUAGUUGAGUAGAGAUAUUUGUAAGAAAUUACUUGUUUUCCUCUUCUCAACUGAAACAAACCAUGUUAACUCCGUCGUAGCCUAGGAUCAAAGAUAUAAAGACAGACAGACUUCCAUGUAUGCAGACUUGAAUAAACAUACAACGUAAACAAACAUGUUUUCCAAUUUACAGCAAACAUAAUAGAAACUCAGAUAAAGGAGCGACCACACGCACAAUACACACAUCCAUGCAUACACAAAAAUAUACAUGUAUGUAUAUUUGUAUAUUAUAAAUUAUAUACAUACUAUAUCUAUAUAUGUAUAUAAAUACACACACAUAUAUAUGUAUUAGAUGAUGUAUCGGAUGUCUGAAAAUGGGAUUUGUGGAUACGAAUAUCAAUCUUUUGAAAAUGCAGAUGCGGAUGCAUGAUAAGGGUAACAAAACUCAAAGCCAUUCUUCGCGAGCAUUAGAGAAAGUGUGCGCGUUUCUUAAAAAUGCAAUACCCUGCCUUUUUUAUAUUAAAAGCUGUAAAUGUCAUAAAUUUAAUUAAACAAAUAUGCUUUAAAAGAAAUAUGCAAAGGAAAAAUCAAACUUAGCCAAGAAUAAAAAACAAUGUAUAUGAACUAUAAAACACUGAGCAAGGGGGUGAUAUCCUCAUUCUUUUUUAUAUCCUCAUAUCUGCAUUCUCAAACUACGGAUGUGGAUAUCCGAUACAUCUAUAUAUAUAUAUAUA